CGAUUUUGUACUGUGCGUAUUUCACUUUUGUUAUUAUGUUCGUAACCUCUCACUGUCGUAAUUUGACAAGAAAUCGCUAAUAUAAAGUUAAUUUGAAUCAAAGCUUUGUUUUGUACGAUAAUAUAUCAUUAUGCCAGACAAUAAAGAAGAAGAAAAACCUGUUGUAGCAAAGACAGCAACUGAUUUGCAGCGAUUGAAACUUCAAAAAUUAAUGAAAAAUCCGGAAAAGCCUAUUAUAUUACCAGAACGACCUAAAGCUAAGAAUACACCUACAGUACCAGAAUUUGUUCGUAAUGUAAUGGGUAGUAGUGCUGGUGCUGGCAGUGGAGAAUUUCAUGUAUAUAGACAUUUGAGGCGUAAAGAAUAUGCAAGACAGAAAUUUAUUCAAGAAAAAGGCCACAAGGAACUUUUAGAUGAAGAAUAUCAUAGAAGAAUUGAGGAAAAUAAAAGGAUAGCUGAAGAAAUAACUGCAAAGAAAAGAGCAAAGAGAUUAAAGAAGAAACAGAAAUGGAAACAAAAGAAGAAGAUGAAGACUGCAAAUAUAGGAGAGCAUAGCAAAAAUGAGAACAGUAAUUCUGAUGAUGAAGAUUCAGAUGAACAAGAAAUAAGUGAUAAAAAUGAUAAUGAAAUCCAAAUAAGUGAUAAAGAUGAUAAUGUGUUGAAUAAUGAAGUUAAAGAUACAUCAAGUUCAAAAGAUAUAGACGAGAAUCAGUCAAAUUCUCCUGUAAAUACAUAAGUAAGGAUGAAAUUUACAGAAAAUAUGUAAAUAUAAAUAAUUUAAUUUCUUAAUAAAAAUAAAUAA